AUGGAGGUGUUGAGCAAGGCGUCUCGAGUGGCCACGUCCAAAACUGCACAGAGGACAAUUGUGAACGCGAGCCUCCUCGUCGGCACGUCGUUAUUUCUGCUGCCCUUUGCUGCUAUCGCCUCUAUCCUUUUUUUCCGCGACUACCUACCUGAGCAAGUAGUGACGACCCCAGUCCACCUCCAGUACGGAUCAGGUGCAAAUCCCUUUGGAACAGCAACCAUCCCGACGUCUGCUCUGAGAUCGCAGCAGGAGUAUGAUGUGUCCGUCACGUUGUCUAUGCCUCGUUCGCCUGCCAACACACAACGAGGCAACUUCAUGAUUGCUAUCCACCUGCUGGAUGUUGGAGCCUUGUCGACGGGAAGCAACAAAAUACAGCCUCAUAUCGCUCCUGAACCCUAUGCUCAUUUCGACGGAAAGACAGUCCUUUUGUCUUCAAGGCGGCCCGCUUUGGUGCCAUAUCAAGAUCCAAUGGUAUCGACAGCGUCGCGAAUCCUCUUCCUAGCCUACCACGUUUUGUUCUCCGAUUCGGAAACUUGCGUACUGACCGUACCGAUGGCCGAGCGCGUGGAGUUGGCCAGAGGCUCCUCCUUACCCGCUUCAGCGUACCUUGAACUUCAGGGCGGCCAGGAUAUCGAGACAUACUCUGCCUCGAUUACGCUGACUGCUCAACUGCGGGGAUUGCGUUGGCUGAUGUACAACUACCGCGUGAUGACUCUGACCGCUGCCGUCCUGGUAUUCUGGGCAUCCGAGAUCAUAUUCAUGGCGGUGGCAUGGCUGGCAUGGUCUGGGCUUUCAGGAUCGUCACAGGGCUCUGGCAUCGGCAAUGGAGGAAUCGUGGAAAAGUCGUACAAUAAGUCGAUGGGGCAAGCCAAGCGAGAGGAAGGAAGUGGCAUCGAUGAGCUGUCGGAUGCCCCGAGGACGUUCCCGACCUAUGGGAACCAGGCUCCGUUACGGUAUGAGCCUGAAGUCAAGGACGAGCAGCAUGCGGGGCCUCGUGUGGAGGACCUGCUCCCGCUCGGUGGUGAGGCCGACGACGAGGAAGAAGAUGACGGAAGGGGCUUCAGGGGGGACUCGGGCAUUGGAACGAGUUAUAGUGAGGGAGGUUCCAGUAGUGUACGGCGGAGGUCAUCGCAUCGAAGUUGA